CACGAAUGAGAACUCGAGAACAACAUGGCUUGAGCUCUUUGACGUCAUCUCACAUAGGCGAUUAUUUGGCUUGGGUGGACUUGAGGUUUCCUCUUCAAAUUGGGAACGAGGAAGUAUCGUGGAAAUCUCAAGAAAGUGCAUUGGUGUGUGUUACUUGAAGACGGAUAAUUUUCCAUACCAGAAACAUGGCAGAGUGAGUAUAGCACUUCAAUGCAUUAUCGUCUCUGAGAACUGAAUGAAUGAUAUUCUGUCAAACAGCCGGCGAUGGAUAAACCAUCUAUGUUUGCUAGCUCACUCCACUUGUUAUUUCAUUCACUGUAGUUAGCUAGCUGGUUAGCUAACGUUAGCUAUCCAAUACCACCCAUCAGUGUAAUAUGGCUAGCUAAUGUUGCAUGCCUGGCAUUAAAAGGGCAGUCUAACUUGAUCUACUAACUAGCCUAGCUAGCCACCUAGCCACUAAAACAGAGAUUUCUCUCUUUGACUUAACGUUAGCAAACGUCGUUUGCGUUAGAGUCUCGUAAAAUCACAUUAAAACGUAUCCUCAGUCUUGCAUAGUAAAUGACACGGUAAGAUUGAGCAAUCUUGUAUAGUUAAUUGAAUCCUGGAUAUUUAGUUAGUUAACUCUCUUUUUCCUACAUUAUCAUUUCAAUCAACUUAGAAUUGUCUAGUCAACUUGGCUUUAAAAUAUGCUAUCUAACGUUGUAGAAUUGAUUCUGAGUAGGCACUAACGUUACAGUAUUGGACAGGCUCCUCUUGCUUGCUUGAGAGGCAUCCUCUUUUUUGUUCAGUCUCAAUCCAGAUGCCCUAACUAACAGAUACCAGGACUCUUGACUAAUAUGAUUAUGUUUCCUUCCACAGAGCAGACAUUGCGUUGAUUGGUUUGGCUGUCAUGGGCCAAAACAUCAUCCUGAACAUGAAUGAUCAUGGCUUUGUGGUAAGUCUCAUAUUGCAGUUUAUACAGUUACAUACCCCCUAAAUAGUCUGCAACAUAAGUGGUAGGCCUAAACCUAUUACAGUACAAUGUCUUUCCUUGUCUAAAUUGUCUUGCAUCUAUCGUAGGGUUGCAAAAUUCUAGUAACUUUCCCAACCUUUCCAGGUUUCCCCAGGAUUUCUGGAAAACCUGGUAAUUUUAUUAAAGUUACCAGAAUCUAGCAACCCUAAUCUAACAUAUUCUUUCCAUAGGUCUGUGCAUACAACCGCACUGUCUCCAAAGUACACGAUUUCCUGGCCAACGAGGCUAAAGGCACCAAGAUAAUAGGAGCUGAGUCCUUGGAGGACAUGGUGGCCAAGCUGAAGAAGCCCAGGAGGAUUGUGAUGCUGGUAAAAGCCGGCCAGGCGGUGGACGACUUCAUCGACAAGCUGGUCAGUGGCGCAAACAGAAAAACAGGAUAGAAAUGAUGAGUCAUGCUGUGAUUGUCAAAUGUAUCAAGGUUUUUUCAGUUCACCAAAUCAGGUAAUGGCAGGCUUGGAUGCAUUUGGAGUAUUGAAAUGCUACAAAGAGAAAUUUAGAACUUGUGAAAUUUAGUCCCAGGGUUUAAAAUCUCCGGUAACUUUCCCAAAAUCAGGAGGGAAUAAGCAGGGAAUCCGUAAUCCUUUACCAAGAUCUGGAAAAUGUGUGAAAUUUACAAAUUUGCAACCCUACAGGCCUUAAUGUGGCUCAGUUGGUUGUGCAUGGCACUUGCAUUAUAGUAGAUUAUUGUCCCCUUCUAACAGUCCAUUUUCCUUCACAGGUCCCUCUUCUUGAGGCUGGGGACAUUAUCAUUGAUGGCGGCAAUUCAGAAUACAGAGACACAACAGUAAGUUUAUCAGAAACACCCGUUUCAAAGCUAUGGUAGUGUCAGUGUCAAGAGUGUGGUCUCAUGGUUGUGUGGACUGUGUGUCUCUGUGUAGCGGCGGUGUAAGAGUCUGAAGGAGAAGAACCUGUUGUUUGUGGGCAGUGGAGUCAGCGGAGGAGAAGAGGGGGCUCGCUACGGACCCUCACUGAUGCCAGGGGGACACAAAGAGGCCUGGUAUGGAGGGGUUGGGAUUGAUGGUUGAUUAUGACUGCAUCCCAAAUAGCACCGUAGGGAAUAAGGUACCAUUUAGUGCACAGACUAAUGAGGAGGAGUAGUGAUCGUCUGUGAGAAAAUUGUAUCUUAAUCAUUCUGUAUUUUUAAGCUUUCCCAUAUUGUUCAGUGUGUCCACAAUCAAUGAUAUAAUUAUCACUGUGAACUGUUAAAAUGUGAGUUUUCUUUACUCCUACAGGCCACACAUUAAGGAGAUUUUCCAAAGCAUCGCUGCCAAGGUCGGAACAGGAGAGCCGUGCUGUGACUGGGUGAGCGGAAUCUAUUUUUGAUGUUCACAGGAUUUGGCACAAAAUUGCACAACUUUCCCUUUUCCCUGCCAAUACAUGACAUUUAAAUGUGCUGUUUUGACAGGUUGGUGACGAGGGUGCAGGCCAUUUUGUGAAGAUGGUCCAUAAUGGUAUUGAGUACGGGGACAUGCAACUGAUCUGUGAGGCCUACCACCUCAUGAAGGAUGUCCUGGGUAUGGACCACGACGAGAUGGCACAGGUGAGCCAUUUUUAUUUAUUUAACCUUUAUUUAACUAGGAAAGUCGGUUAAGAACAAAUUCUUAUUUACAAUGACGGCCUACACCGGCCAAAACCGGACGACGCUGGGCCAAUUGUGCGCCGCCCUAUGGGACUCCCAAUCAUGGCCGGUUGUGAUACAGCCUGGAAUUGAACCAGGGGGUCUGUAGUGACGCCUCAAGCACUGAGAUGCAGUGCCUUAGACCACUGCGCCACUCGGGAGCCCCAUUCAAAUUGAAUCAACGUUUAUUUAAAUUGUGAACCAUUCCAGACACCCCUGAUGACUUUGCGCUUUUGAUUCCACCGACAGUCAUGUAAUAGAUAUCAGUCUUUUAGAAAACGUAGACUGAAUGUCUUAGGACCGUAACUUGAAUAGCAUUAACAUGCCCAUGAAAUGGUCUCCAUAGUACCUAACCGUAACAGCUGUUGAUACUGUAUGAUGUCAUGACGUAUUUUAGUAGAUUAUUCUAUUUGUCAGGUUCACUUCUGCUCUUGGGUCUCCCUUAGGCUUUUGAAGACUGGAACAAGACGGAGUUGGACUCCUUCCUUAUUGAGAUCACAGCUGGCAUCCUCAAGUUCAGAGACACCGACGGCACUCACCUGCUGCCUAAGAUCCGCGACGCCGCCGGGCAGAAAGGCACAGGGAAGUGGACGGCUAUUUCGGCUCUCGAGUACGGCACACCAGUCACCCUGAUCGGUAAGAGAGGAAGGGACAGUAGUCCUGAAUUCUUCAUUUGGAAAUUAAUCGUCUGCAGUGACGUUUCUCUCUGAGGCUAAAAGUUUAGAUUGCCACCAAUUUUGACUGACAUUUUGAGUCAAAUUAAACUUGUUUUGUGUGUGUAUGCUCUCCUUUGGUGUAGUCUACAACUUGUCAGCGAAGUGGUUUAUUUUCUUUUUUGGACAUGGUUUAUUUUCAGUUGUACAACUGUAUCCCAGCCGUGUUGGCGUAGUCAUGAUACAGGGUUGUGUUCAUUAGGGCACACCGGGCAUUAGGGCAAGGGAAACAAGCAUUUAGGGCAACGAAAACAAGCAUUUCUUAUUCAAUAAGUUCAGAUAGUACCUCCCUGUUUCAUAACAUUGUCUUCCAUUUUGUGCCUACUGAAGAAGACCCAGCCCACAAACUACUGAGUACUCUAGUAGUGGUUUGUUAUGAGCUGCUAAUGUUUAGCCACAUUAACUGACCCCCACAGUAGUUACCAAAUCUUUGGUCAGCUGAACGUGAUCAAUGAAGUGUUUGCUACCUCCCUAAGUAGAUUGGAGGCUUUUCUAGUCACACCACCUCAUCUCAAGUGACAUAAGGGGGAUUUUCUGCAGCAGCUGCGAUGGGCAGCGUCUCAUUAAGGUAGCAUCAGGUGGUGUGGUUAUUCCAGCUAAAGACUAAAGGAAUGGAGAGACACAUCUCCUAAGUGAUAUGAUCAAACUGGUUGACACUUGAGUUGACAGCCAUGUCAUAGGCCUGUUAUUCACUCUUACUCACGAUUUAAAAAUGGAGCCACAAGAUUGCUAUAGAAAGAGCUACUUUUUGCUGCAACAGAAAAGGAAGACUUUCUCUAUUUUUUGAGUGGCUGUUGUUAGUAUUUGAUGUUGUCCCUGUAUCAUCAGUACUGGGAGAUCCUGUGUGAAUGAUAGCGGAGAGAACAAAAGGGCUCAUUGUGAAAGCGGAGAGCUGGUGUGGGGGGCCAGGGAGAGAGUGGACACGCCGUACAGGCAGGCUUGGGGGGUGGAGUUCAGCUCUCAAUAGGGUUGCAUUCAAUGCGGAGUUGGUCGCUUCGUUUAGCCUUACUCUUUUUUUUCUCUCUCUCUCUUCUCUUCCCCACUCUCGCCAUUGCAUUGCAUCACUGUGGCAAUAUUUAGCAAGUCAUGCUUACCCAAUGUUUUUUUUCAUCAUGUGGUGGGAAGUUGUUCCUUCUUUUUAAUGUGGCAAGCCUUGCUUUUACAAUAGAAUGGUGGUUACUAACGCUGAGUCAUAGGGUACCUUUGUGUUGUCGGCGGCAUUGUGUUAACUUUGCCUCGGCUAGGAACUGUGCCAGCUGUAGGCUUGUCAUCAUGUUUGGUACUAGUAUUAAAAACUUGAUGAUGAUGAUUAAGGUAUAAACGGGAGUCCUAUUCGAUCAAAGAUAUAAGGGCAGCAUUUUGGGGGGAAAUAUUGUAGCUGUCUGUCAUUGUCUAGCUUAAAGAGUGUACAAUACGAUCCCUUCUUAAUGUCUAAUUCAUGAUGGAAGGAAAAACCCGCACUCACACCUUUUGAACCCGGCACCCGAAGACCUUUUGUCACUACAAAUAUUUGAGCUAGGCACGCCAAUUUCAGCUAGGCUAUCAAUUAUCUUCGACAGAUUACAGCUGUUUACUGGUUCAUUCCUCACGAAACUAGAACAAAAAAAGACCAUGACUUUGGGGAUUUUCACGAAAUGUAAUCCAUAGAAGGGUCCUUUGGAGGAAGGAUUGUUGACAUAUUUGACAUUUGUAUCUUAAAGCAUAAUUGAGAAAUAAUUAAUUAUUUCUCAGUUAUGCUUUAAGAUCCAAAUGUCAAAUAUAUGUCAACAAUCCUUCCUCCAAGGACUCCAGGGUUGCAUUAAGUAGGCAUGAAAAGGGAGAACAUGUUUUGAGGAAGAGGUAGACCUUGACCUUCUACUUGAUCUUGUCCAAUUUCCUCUUGAAAUAUGUGUUGCUCUGUAAAGAAGCUGACUCUCUAUGUCUCUGUCUGUCUCAUCCCUCUAUCUAUGUCUCUCUCAUCCUCCCCCCUCUCGCCCUCUCACAGGGGAGGCUGUCUUUGCCAGAUGUCUGUCGGCCCUGAAGGACGAGAGAGUGGAGGCCAGCAGAAGCCUGGCCGGGCCCCAGGGAGCCAAGUUCAGCGGGGACAAGGCCUCGUUCCUUGAGGACAUCAGAAAGGUAGCCAGGCUACAGAUGACUGGGUUUCUGGGGCACUGCUUAAAAAACAAGAGUUCCAAAUAAAGUACAGUGUUAAAAAGGAGGGGGAAGGAAUUCACCCACAUAUCACUAUUAAAGUGCUUGUCAUGUUUUCUCACCAAUGGCUGAGGACAAUCACUUUUAAUUUGUAAUCAGCCAAACAGACAGAGUAUUUUGAACAUGUUGACUCAUGCUAUAGCUAAUUGGUGGACUCUGGCUAUCUCAGUUAUAGACUGCUCCCAAAUAAUUUAUUUCAUAUUGUUUUCUGAAAACUUGAGUCAAAUCUCUCGAAUUAAGAGCGACGGGUGGCGGUACUUGUAUUAUUAUUUUUUGCAUGAUAGUACUUUAAAAAGUGGCAAUAUUUAUUUCCUAAAGUUGCAAUAUUUAUUUCCUAAAGUGGCCAUAUUUUGAGAAUAAAGUGGCCAUAUUUUGAGAAUGAAGUCCAGUUAUAUUUCAAGGUUAACGUAGGGGAUUUGGUUCAGUGCAUGUCUCCCUAGCUUCCUGUUGCUGUGCAUGUCUCCCUAGCUUCCUGUUGCUGUGCAUGUCUCCCUAGCUUCCUGUUGCUGUGCAUGUCUCCCUAGCUUCCUGUUGCUGUGCAUGUCUCCCUAGCUUCCUGUUGCUGUGCAUGCCACCGUUGAAAUGCCUGAGUUAGAUGACCUGGUGAAACUAUACUUUAGAAUUGGCUUUAGUAAGAAGGAAAUCCUUGCUCUCUUAGCACAUAAUAACCAUAUUAUUAUAAGUAUUAGGACCUAGAAAAGGUUGUGCCACAUAUUAUUUUCAGAAGGAGGAACCGUGGUUAUAUACAUACAGUGGGGAAAAAAAGUAUUUAGUCAGCCACCAAUUGUGCAAGUUCUCCCACUUAAAAAGAUGAGAGAGGCCUGUAAUUUUCAUCAUAGGUACACGUCAACUAUGACAGACAAAUUGAGGAAAAAAUUGUAGGAUUUUUUAUGAAUUUAUUUGCAAAUUAUGGUGGAAAAUAAGUAUUUGGUCACCUACAAACAAGCAAGAUUUCUGGCUCUCACAGACCUGUAACUUCUUCUUUAAGAGGCUCCUCUGUCCUCCACUCGUUACCUGUAUUAAUGGCACCUGUUUGAACUUGUUAUCAGUACACAGACACCUGUCCACAACCUCAAACAGUCACACUUCAAACUCCACUAUGGCCAAGACCAAAGAGCUGUCAAAGGACACCAGAAACAAAAUUGUAGACCUGCACCAGGCUGGGAAGACUGAAUCUGCAAUAGGUAAGCAGCUUGGUAUGAAGAAAUCAACUGUGGGAGCAAUUAUUAGGAAAUGGAAGACAUACAAGACCACUGAUAAUCUCCCUCGAUCUGGGUCUCCACGCAAGAUCUCACCCCGUGGGGUCAAAAUGAUCACAAGAACGGUGAGCAAAAAUCCCAGAACCACACGGGGUGACCUAGUGAAUGACCUGCAGAGAGCUGGGACCAAAGUAACAAAGCCUACCAUCAGUAACACACUACGCCGCCAGGGACUCAAAUCCUGCAGUGCCAGACGUGUCCCCCUGCUUAAGCCAGUACAUGUCCAGGCCCGUCUGAAGUUUGCUAGAGUGCAUUUGGAUGAUCCAGAAGAGGAUUGGGAGAAUGUCGUAUGGUCAGAUGAAACCAAAAUAGAACUUUUUGGUAAAAACUCAACUUGUCUUGUUUGGAGGACAAAGAAUGCUGAGUUGCAUCCAAAGAACACCAUACCUACUGUGAAGCAUGGGGGUGGAAACAUCAUGCUUUGGGGCUGUUUUUCUGCAAAGGGACCAGGACGACUGAUCCGUGUAAAGGAAAGAAUGAAUGGGGCCAUGUAUCGUGAGAUUUUGAGUGAAAACCUCCUUCCAUCAGCAAGGGCAUUGAAGAUGAAACGUGGCUGGGUCUUUCAGCAUGACAAUGAUCCCAAACAUACCGCCCGGGCAAUGAAGGAGUGGCUUCGUAAGAAGCAUUUCAAGGUCCUGGAGUGGCCUAGCCAGUCUCCAGAUCUCAACCCCAUAGAAAAUCUUUGGAGGGAGUUGAAAGUCCGUGUUGCCCAGCGACAGCCCCAAAACAUCACUGCUCUAGAGGAGAUCUGCAUGGAGGAAUGGGCCAAAAUACCAGCAACAGUGUGUGAAAACCUUGUGAAGACUUACAGAAAACAUUUGACCUGUGUCAUUGCCAACAAAGGGUAUAUAACAAAGUAUUGAGAAACUUUUGUUAUUGACCAAAUACUUAUUUUCCACCAUAAUUUGCAAAUAAAUUCAUAAAAAAACCUACAAUGUGAUUUUCUGGAUUUUUUUUUCAUCAUUUUGUCUGUCAUAGUUGACGUGUACCUAUGAUGAAAAUUACAGGCCUCUCUCAUCUUUUUAAGUGGGAAUACUUGCACAAUUGGUGGCUGACUAAAUACUUUUUUUCCCACUGUAUACCUGCCCACUAGAUUGAGUAUCCUAACCUGUAGGCUAAUCGCACAUUACAGUGGGCAAGUGAAAGUCAAUUAUAGGCCUGUCCAACGGCUGCGGGGGUUGGAAUGAACAAUGAAGCAGGGGUUUUACGCAAGUGUUUGUGGGAGGGGAGGCAACUCAAGGACCACUCCUGCAUGUGCAAAGCAGCUAAUCUGAGGCGCUGUUUGAAUAUAUUCAUGGAUGGAUUCGCCCUUUCUUGAAAUAAUAAUUGAUCUAAAUAUAGGCCUAUUAGAUCAAUGAUAAUAGGCUAUUUAAGCAAUAAGGCCUGAGGGGGUGUGGUAUUUGGCCAAUAUACCACAGCUAAGAGCUGUUCUUAUGCACAACGCAACGCGGAGUGCCUGGAUACAGCCCUUAGCCGUGGUAUAUUGGCCAUAUACCACAAACACCCAAGGUGCCUUAUUGCUAUUUUAUACUGGUUACCAAUGUAAUUAGAGCAGUAAAAAUAAAUGCUUUGUCAUACCCGUGUUAUACGGUCUGAUAUACCACAGCUGUCAGCCAAUCAGCAUUCAGUGCUCAAACCACCCAGUUUAUACAAAUUAAUAAUCACUGAUCUGAUAUUACUUGUUUGGUAGCCUAGCGUAAUAUCUUCUUUCACUAUCGGUCUUCAAGGAUGGGAGGAAUGAAGGAUGCAUAGGUUAUCCCAAAACAGUCAGGGGCAUCGUCUCUGUUAUAAGCCAUUUGUCUCAGCUAUACCGCUAAUUUAGGCUAUCACUUGUUCACCUUAUAGCUAACUGAAAUAUCACAUUUACAUAAGUAUUCAGACCUUUUACUCAGUACUUUGUUGAAGCACCUUUGGCAGCGAUUACAGCCUUGAGUCUUCUUGGGUAUGAGGCUACAAGCUUGGCACACCUGUAUUUGGGGAGUUUCUUCCAUUCUCCUCUGCAGAUCCUCUUAAGCUCUGUCAGGUUGGAUGGAGAGCGUCGCUGCACAGCUAUUUUCAGGUCUCUCCAGAGAUGUUUGAUCGGGUCCAAGUCCGGGCUCUGGCUCUGGCUGGGCCACUCAAGGACAUUCAGAGACUUGUUUCCGAAGCCACUCCUGCGUUGUCUUGGCUGUGUGAUUAGGGUCAUUGUCCCGUUGAAAGGUGAACUUUCGCCCCAGUCAGGUCCUGAGCACUCUGCAGCUGGUUUUCAUCAAGGAUCUCUCUGUACUUUGCUCCGUUCAUCUUUCCCUCGAUCCUGACACCAACAUGCUUCACCGUAGGGAUGGUGCCAGGUUUCCUCCAGACGUGACGCUUGGCAUUCAGGCCAAAGCGUUCAAUCUUGGUUUCAUCAGACCAGAGAAUCUUGUUUCUCAUGGUCUGAGAGUCCUUUAGGUGCCUUUUGGCAAACUCCAAGCGGGCUGUCGUGCAUUUUACUGAGGAGUGGCUUCCGUCUGGCCACUCUACCAUAAAGGCCUGAUUUGGUGGAGUGCUGCAGAGAUGGUUGUCCUUCUGGAAGGUUCUCCCAUCUCCACAGAGAACCUCAGGCGCUCUGUCAGAGUGACCAUCGGAUUCUUGGUCACCUCCCUGACCAAGGCCCUUCUCCCCCGAUUGCUCAGUUUGGCUGGGCGGCCAGCUCUAUGAAGAGUCUUGGUGGUUCCAAACUUCUUUCAUUUAAGAAUGAUGGAGGCCACUGUGUUCUUGAGGACCUUCAAUGCUGCAUAAAUGUUUUUGUACCCUUCCCCAGAUCUGUGCCUCGACACAAUCCUGUCUCGGAGCUGUACGGACAAUUCCUUUAACCUCAUGGCUUGGUUUUUGCUCUGACAUGCAGUGUCAACUGUGGGACCUUAUAUAGACAGAUGUGUGCCUUUCCAAAUCAUGUCCAAUCAAUUGAAUUUACCACAGGUGGACUCCAGUCAAGUUGUAGAAACAUCAAGGAUGAUCAAUGGAAACAGGAUGCACCUGAGCUUAAUUUUGAGUCUCAUAGCAAAGGGUCUGAAUACUUAUGUAAAUAAGGUAUUUCUGUUUUUUAUUUUUAAUACAUUUGCAAAAAAUUCUGAAAACCUGUUUUCACUUUGUCAUUAUGGGGUAUUUGUGUGUAGAUUGAUGAGGGGGAAAAAAAUUACUUAAUCCAUUUAAGGCUGUAACGUAACAAAAUGUGGAAAAAGUUAAGGGGUCUGAAUACUUUCCGAAGGCACUGUAUAGGCUGCUGGCCUAGCUGUUACUCUCUCUAAGAUACAAUGCAACGUGUUGGCAUACACAGGGGAUUGAGGAUAACAUUGUUUGCGAAUUCAAAGGGCACCAUGACAGAGACUGAUGCACGCAACUCCAUGUCUCUUCGCAGUCUGACAACGCACCAUGGCCAUUAGAAUGGUAUUGCCGGUACCGUGUGAGUGAGAUGCAAGUUUGAAUGAGUGUAUUAGACCCACCCCCCCACACACACCUGCAUACACACACAACCCACCUGUCUCUACCUAUGUAUGUAACCACACAGACUUGGAUGAAAUACCUCAUCCGAGUCCGUGUAGUUCCUCAUUCUGAAAAUAAUCUGUGGCACAACCUCUUCCAGGUCCUAAUAGGCCUACUUAUAAUAAUAUGGUUAUUAUGUGUUAAAGGAUUUCCUUGUUACUAAAGCCAAUUCUAAAGUAUAGUUUCACCAGGUCAUCUAACUGCAGGCAUUUCAACGGUGGCGCGCACAGCAACAGGGAGCCAGGGAGACAUGCAAAUCCCCUACUUUAAUCUUGAAUUAUAACUGACUUUAUUCUCAAUUUUGACUUUAUUAUAAAAAUACAAUUCAGAGUUUAUUCUCGAAAUAUUGCCACUUUAUUCUCGAAAUAUUGCCACUUUAUUCUCGAAAUAUUGCCACUUUAUUAAAGUGCUAUUGUACUAAAAGAUAAAUCAUCCAAGUACCACCACUCGUCACGUAAAUGAUUCAAGAAUCAUAAAUAUGGGAACAGAAUAAUUUGUCUCUGCUAAUUAUCAGUUACUUCAAGCAAAUGGUUUUGUCUUGUGUGUCCUGUUCAGGCACUCUAUGCCUCCAAGAUCAUCUCGUACGCCCAGGGCUUCAUGCUGCUCAGACAGGCGGCCAAAGAGUUUGGCUGGUCCCUAAACUAUGGCGCCAUUGCCCUGAUGUGGAGAGGAGGCUGCAUCAUCCGAAGGUAAGACCUCGAAGACGGCAAAUAAAAGACCGUAACAUGCAAGAUCACAGAAUUUAAUCUGGGGUUCUAACAUACCAUCAUCAUUAAAAGGCUGUCAGAGCUCCAUUUAUGAACGUAUGGCCACAGUGUGAAGCCAUAUUUGUUUUAUUCUUGCUGCCAAAGAGUGUUGUAAGGCAGGGUUGACGAAGCAACAAGGAACAUGAGAUAAGAUUUCCUGGAAAAUUGGAGUGGGACAAGAAUGAGGAAAUGUAUCCUAAUCAGGGUUGCAGUCAGUUCAAAUUUUGAAUUUAAAAAAAGACAAACUUUUGCAAUAAAUAGCUUAUCCUUUUCAGUGUACUGAGAACUCAUUGAUAAUGGAUGCCCUUUUGUCAAUUAUUGAAUUGGAAUGUCAGUUUACAUCCUGAAUUGACUGACUUCAGUUUGAUUUCACCCCAACUCUGGUGUCAAGUCAUAUUUGUUUUAUUCUUGCUGCCACAGAGUAUUGUAAUGCAGUCAGCUGGUGAGUAAACCACAAGGAAGAAGAGAUAAGGUUUCCUGGAGAAUCUGAGCCAUACAAGAAUGAGGAAAUGUUGGUCUUAAUGCGCAAUGUGGGAAAGAUGUUGCAUAAACCUUGAGCAAACAGAAACCGUUAUCAUAAGUUCUCUCAGCCCUGUGCCAAACUACACCCGACAUUACUUUUCAAAGUGCAAUGUGUUUUAACUGAGAAUAGGGUCUUGGUCAGUAGGGCAGAACCAUCUGAAAUAGUUCGGUCCUUGACUUAUGCCUUCUACAGAGCGAGUAACACUCCCGUCUGAAAUGGUUUGAUCCUUUUUCAGGGAUAAUAAAACAGUGGGUCAUAUUCAUUAGGGCACACUGUAGCAAAAGUUUGGCAACGGAAAAUGAAAAUAAACGGUUAUUGGACAAGAUCUGGUAGUCCCUCCCUGUUCAGUCAGUUUUUCUUUUGUUUGGUGAGUAAUGAAUACAACCCUGAUGCCAGUGUCUCUCUUUCUCACCGUCUCUUUUCUCCAGUGUUUUCCUGGGGAAAAUCAAAGAGGCCUUUGACAGGGACGCUGAGCUGCAGAAUCUGCUGUUGGAUACCUUCUUCAGUAAUGCCGUACAGGACUGCCAGGUACAGUAAAGGAGAGUAGGGUUAAUCUGCCCUAAGAUGCAGAUCUUGGGUCAUUUUAGCAUUUUCCCCCCAUAAUGGUUAAGUUUAGGAUUGGGGGAGGGGAAGCUGAUCCUAGAUCUGCACCUAGGGGAGUAGGAAGUGAUGAAAGAAAGCCCACCCCUUUGUGGCCGUGUUAGCAACACACACUCACGGCUGUUUCCUCUUUGAAAAUGAAGCUACCACACCACCGCUAUAUUGAUACAUACCAUUUCCCAGCUCACAAAAGGAGAAUAUGAUGGGGCUGUUUAGUUAUUGGUGGAAAUGUGUUUUUGUAAUAUAACACGCAUGUCAUUUGCUUCUUGUUCAUACUCCAAUCUAAUCGCAAUGUUGUACAUGGUAUGGCCCAAGACAGGGCAACAUUUACAAAGUUAUACUGUAUUUGGUCUCUGUGUAAAAAAAAAAAAAAAAAAAACUUAUAGCUACUUAUUGUAGCUAUCUUAUGUGAUUUAUAAGUGUUCAUGUCAUAUUGCUUUGCAAUGAUCUUGUCUAAUAAACUUGAAAUAACUGUAUUCACCCCCUGAUGUUCCUAAAUCCCAGAGGGUUAGAGCUUAUGCUGUGUGACUUCUGUGUGAUUUUAUUCAUGCGUGUUUGUCUUUGUCAUGGCUGUAGGACUCGUGGCGCCGGGCGGUCAGCAUUGGAGUGCAGCAGGGGAUCCCGAUGCCUUGUUUCACCACCGCCUUGUCCUUCUACGACGGCUACAGACACGACAUGCUCCCGGCUAACCUCCUCCAGGUAACAACACAGUGGAUGCCACGGUGGAAAUGUCUCUUCUUCCUCUUACCAUGCUUAAGGAGCAUCCCAGUGACACAACACACCUCUCUCUUCAGGGCACAAAGCUCCCCCUACAAGAACAUAUGUCAAAGUGAAGGAGAUUAAAACGGUCUUGUCACGUGUGGAUGUUAGCUAAGGGUAGUGUGUGUUUGGAUGCAGGGGGAGGCGGGUGAGCUUUAAGACACUAAGACGAUGGUGUUACUACAUAUUUCUAGGGUUACUGCAGCCUUUAGGGCCCACCCAUACGCCCAGCUAGCAAGGAAACGUUUUACAAAAUUGCAGAACAUUACAAAAAUGUUAUGUGCCUGCCGGGCUGUCCUUGUGCCCACUCUUCUGCGAGAGCGUCUUGCGUCACUUUAUUGGCAAAAAUAUAGAAGGAAUAAAACAACAUUUUACUGAGAGGCAACUCUUAACUCUGUGUGUUUGUCACUUUAGGCCCAGAGGGACUACUUUGGAGCACACACGUAUGAACUUCUGUCAAACCCUGGCAAGUACAUCCACACCAACUGGACAGGCCACGGUGGCAACGUUUCCUCUUCCUCUUACAACGCUUAAGGAGCAACGCCGUCUCACAGACAGAAGACAUGAGUGGCAGUUACUAGCUCAAGAAGAUUGACGUUACUCAUUACUUCUCUAAAACCAAGCAUCAAUAUUUAAAUACCCCUCCCUUCCUUCAAUCAGACAUAUCGUAUCUGAAGAUUCUUAAAAAAGGUUCUGAAGUACUAUUACAGUUUUAUUUAUGAUGAAGUGGGAAAAGUAAUCAUUGUAUGUGUAUGUAAACACUUCCCCUAUGAGGUUGGUAGAGCAGUGCUUAAUACUGUAGAGCCUAUUGCCACAGACAGACACAACAAAGAGGGAAGUCCCAAGGGUUUCGCCCCCAAAGCUUACACCACAAGCUGUGGUAGUUUCUCCAAUCAUGUUCAACCCAGAGUUCACACAGUUGACACUGGAUUAAGUUUAACCAUUGCACUGUACUGUAUUAGGCUAAAUAAAGAUUUAAAUCUCUUUUUAA